AUGGCUUCUAAAUCCUUCUCCUUUGCCUUCCUUCUGCUCUUUUUCUUGUGCACCUUCGCCGCCGCUGAACCUUGCGACAACCACCGAUUUCGUGGAGGCAAAAACUUUGCCUCGUGCAUCGACUUACCCUCCUUGAAUUGCUCACUUCAUUGGAACUUCCAUUCAUUGACUCAAACCGUCGAUGUUGCCUUGAGGCAAAACAGUGUUGAUCAAAAAACAAGAUGGAUGUCAUGGGCUAUUAAUCCUCACUCGAAAGGUAUGGUGGGUUCACAAGCUUUGGUUGCCUUUCAAAAAGAUGAUGGAACCAUGGUAACUUAUACUUCACCUAUAACAAGCUACGCAACUCAGCUUCAAAAGGGUGACCUUAGUUUCCCCGUUAAUGGAGUUUCCUCGAUUCUUGAAGGUAACGAGAUGAUCAUGUUUGCAACUUUGGCAUUGCCUGCAAACACUACAACCGUGAACCACCUUUGGCAAGAAGGACCCUUAGUUGGAAAUGUCCCUAGGAUGCACCCUUGCAAGCUUGUUGUAGACAAAACAAGUUCAAGAAACCAAUGGAAGGUAGUUCAUGGAAUUUUAUGCACAUUAGGAUGGGGUUUUCUAAUGCCUGUUGGAGCUUCAAUAGCAAGGCAUGGGAAGCAAUGGCCAGGCACUGCUUGGUUUCGUGCUCAUGUUUUUUCUCAAUGCUCGGCUUUUUUGAUAGGUUUGGCUGGUGGGAUCAUUGGUGUUUUGCUUUGGCUUGGGGCACUUGGAGCUAGAAUUGGAGGAGGAAUCCAUCAAUAUAUAGGGAUUACCCUUCUUGGUCUCGGUGCAAUUCAAGGGAUCGUAGGGUAUUGCAGGCCACAUAAAGAAGAUAAGAAGAGAGUCUACUUCAAUAUUUUUCAUUGCUCAUUGGGAUAUGGUACCAUUGGCUUAAGCAUUGCGAAUGUAUUCUUGGGGUUUCAUAUGGUACAUUUGAUGAUCAAGACUUGGCCUCAAGUGACAUACAUUGCUGCAAUCUCAUUGCUGGGAACCAUUAGUCUUAUUUUAGAAGGAGUCGGUUGUUGGAGGAGGACCACCGUGCGACGUGAAAUAGCCGCCGAGGAAACACUUUAA